GUGAGGCAAGAAUUGAGCAGCCCUAAUAAUCUCUUCUUCUUCCAAGCUCGACGUUCAAAAAACAGAACCGUCCAGAAAUUCUACGUGGUACCUACAUCCUUUUUUUAGGAACUCCGCAUGGAACCAUACACUCCUCGAACACAAACCGGAGCACGGAAGAAAAAUAUUACACUCUCCCAAAGAGAGUAUUCCAAAAUAACAGGAACAAUUGCCUCAGUACGUCGACAUCGGCUUCAACAAGAUGAUAUUGAUGGAGAACUCAACGGACGCGUACAUGGAUCUUCGUCGCGACAUUCUCAUACUGGCAGAGACUGGGAGGAGCCAUCUUUCAUCGCCGAAACAUCCUUCGUCAAGGCACCAUUGAAUUCUCGCGUGAGCUUGGGAGGAAAUGCAAUUGGAAACAGCAAGGGAAAGGCCAAGCAAGAAAGUUUAGAUCACAUUCCAAUAGACAUACAAGAAACUCUAAUACUCGAAGAUCUCUUGUACGUGCUAAUGGGUAUUGAAGGAGAAUAUAUUCGAUUCCAUCCAGACUACUCUCCAGAUGAAGAUGAUCCUAUCCAAGGUGUGAAAUUCGUAGUGGAACCCUCACUAGAUCCUUCUGUACGCAACCUCGUCGAGCGACUGUUGCCUCUAGGAACAUAUUAUACUGGGAUAUCGGCCUUUAUUGAACAUCGCAGUCAUUUGGACUACGGAUUGGUCAAUCAUGCACUCUGUGCAGCAAUACGAGAUAUGCUCAAAGACUAUCAAACCCUUCUGUCGCAACUAGAACACUCGUUCAACACCUCCCCGCAAUUCUCGCUCCAGAAGCUUUGGUUCUACGUUCAUCCCACUGUUCACACCCUUUCCAUAAUCUAUCAACUCACCCUCGAACUCGGCACAGCCGAUGAUCCCUCUGCAGAUCUUUCCUCGUCUUCUAACAGCCCAAGUACCUCCGAUGCAGAGGAAGAAGCCCGAAACGAGGCUCUUGGUAUAGGAACCGCAAAACUCAAAUCAGUAUUAUCUGAGAAUGGCCUUGGGACAUCCAGUGCAGGAAUACCCGUCAAGGGCGGUGAGGUCUUAUCGAUAAUAUACGAGCGGAUGCAGAGUAUGUCGGGCGAUCCGACAGCGAAUAUGGUGUAUGCUACACUUUUACGGGAAGCUGGGACACCUUACGUGAAUAUGCUCAAGGAGUGGGUGAUGACCGGGAGGCUCGUGGAUCCGUAUGAGGAGUUGAUGGUGAAGGAGAGCAAAUUCAUCAAUCGAGGGAUAUUGGAGAUGGAUUACACCGAUGAGUAUUGGGAGCGGAGGUAUACGCUUCGCGACGGUUCCACAAUCUCAGGAUCAAAAGGGCACAAAGCAGGAAUACCCUUACCACGUUCUGCUGGUGGACGCCUACCCGGUGGUGCAUGCAUUCCUCCGCUUUUAGAAGGGUGGAAACACAAGAUCUUACUCGCGGGCAAAUACUUGAACGUGAUACGAGAAUGUGGAAUCGAAAUCCACCGAGCGCAGAAUGAUCCCCACGACGAGACGUUUUCCAUGAACGAUGAAAGAUUCUACACCUUCCUCGAAGACGCCUACACACACGCAAACCAAACCCUCCUCCAACUCCUGCUCAAAGACCAAGACCUGAUCCCCCGUCUCCGUUCUCUCAAACGCUACUUCUUCCUUUCCCAAUCGUUCUUUCUCACACACCUCCUCGAUCUCGCCUCAAACGAACUUCGAAAAUCUACCCGAUCAGCGUCGUUGGUGAAACUGCAGAGUCUACUCGAAUUGACCCUGAACACAGAGGAAAGAGAAGACACGAUGUUCCGCGAGGACGUCAAAGUCGUCAUGGCGGGGAGUGGGUUGUACGAUUGGCUGAUGAAGAUUAUUAGUACGGGCGGAUUAGGUAGUGAGAGGGUCGGGGAGAAUGAGGUUGGAAAUGAGGAAGCAAAGAAGGAACAGAAAGAUGAUAAGAAACCGUUAUUGGCUUCUGACACCCUUGCGCUCGAUUAUCACGUCAAGUUCCCCCUCUCCCUCGUUAUCUCACGUAAAACCAUCCUCCGGUAUCAACUUAUUUUCCGAUUCCUCCUGCAUCUGAAGAACGUCGAACAAUCCCUCGGUCUGAUGUGGAUCGAACAAAAGACAACGCCGUGGCGGCAACGCGUACAUCAUACCCUCCGCCCCUCCAGCUCUCAUUCCAAUUCCACCCCUACCUCCACCCCCAUUCCCACCACUCCUGCUGAAUCCAGUUCCUCCCCCUCCCCCUUCCCUUCUUCCCUUCCCUCCUCCUCGUCCUCCUCGGAACCCGAAUUCGAGAAAUGGCGUCUCCGGGUUUUCCUCCUCCGCGCGCGCAUGCUCGCGUUCAUACAACAAAUCCUCUCCUUCGCGACAUUCGAGGUGCUUGAACCGAAUUGGCGUGCAUUAGAGGUCAAGCUGGAUAAAGUGACGACAGUCGAUCAACUGUUAAGGGACCAUUUAGAUUUUCUGGAUACGUGCUUGAAGGAGUGUAUGUUAACUAGUGCGAAGCUUUUAAAGGCAUACAACAAACUCAUCGUAACCUGCGCCACGUUCGCAUUGUACGCCGCGCCGUAUACCAAGUCUGCCAAUCAGGCGAUAUCCGGGACGGAGACGGCUGAAGGACAACGGAGAAGAUGGGAAUAUCAACUAAAGUUUGAGAAAAAUUUCGAUCAUUGGUUCAAAGUAUUCUUGGACUGUGUUCAAUUCUACGCUUCAAGCGAGAACGGAUCUCUUCUCCCGCUCGUUGUUCGUCUUUCUAGUAUCUCAAGGAGGAGUACCAGUACGUGAGGUAUUGGUAUUGGAAAGGUUUGACUUUGUGUGUCAAUAUGUUAAGGAGGAUCGUAGAUUGGUGGUUCUUGCUGCGGUAGUGAAAGCUUUGCUGAAGACGGCGGUCUGCAUAUAUAUAUUUGCGUAUACCCUCAGUUAUUACUUCCAAUAUUCUAGAAGGUACUCAUGCUAUAACAGGCUAUAACAAGUUUCUGUUUAAUGGAC